AUGGUCUCUACAGCCACCACCACCGGCGCCGCCGCCAGCAGCACGACUUGUGGAUCGUCCGCGCAGUUUGAGCUGCCCGUGAAAGACGCUGCUUGUGGUGUCCCCAACACGAACAAAUAUAAAAGCCUCCUCGAGCAGUGCGCCAAACCGGCCGGGGUUCUCCCCUACGACUACGAUUGCGCCUUGUACGGACUGGCGGUAGAUCAGUCCGUCCAGGAUCUUACCGACUGUUUGUAUGACGCCGGCGUAGCCUGGAAAGACGUCUGGUGCUACGGAGACACCAAUGCCACGGCCACGGCCACUUCCUUUCCGACAGCCACGGCGACCUCCAGCAAGACGAGCACCAACAGCAAGACGCGCACCGCCAGCUCUUCCUCUGCCAGCUCCACGGAAACAUCGGCGGCCACGACAGUGCAACUCUCCAAAGGUCCCAUGAGCCUUCCGUCCGUGGUGGUCCUCUCGACCCUUCUCGUAUCUGCUGCCCUGUUUGGUCUGCAUUGA